ACCUGUCAUGUCCCUCUCAUCCAAGCCACCAAGACGACUCGACAACUCAAUUAUGUACUCAGGUGAGCGUCCUUCAAUAAAUACCUCAUCAUCCGAUUACUACCAUCUUCAGAAUCCUGACUGCCCAGAUUUCUACAAUGCUCCAACACACCUUUGAAGGAGCAGCUCGCAUGUAUUUUCUUGCAUGAAGCUUUUCCCAUCAAACUAGGUGGACAAUAGUGUUGUGGUUAGCAGGAAAAGCAGCAACACAUGUACAACUCAUUCAGCAUCAAUUAUAUAGUGUUGUAUCAUCCGCCCAUCUGCAAUGGAUUAUAGUGAUUACAUACUGAGCCCAAAACUAGCUAGACUGCAGAGAAGAUUCAUCUUAGCCGAGAAGAGAGCUCCCCAGCGAGGUGUUGCACCUGACAGAAAAAUUCCACAAGGUUGGAAUGUGAGUCCUGUACUACCUCUUAAGAGAAGUUCAGCCACUCUCACUCAAUUAACAUCACCAUCCAUUGUUAUAAACCCAACGACGAACUCAGAAGCGAAUAGAAAAGACUCCUCUAGAAGCGAUGCUCCUCUAUAUUCAAAUGCCGACAAUGCUUCAGAGGAUGCUAAGUCUGCAGAGAUAGGUCAUCAACAAAGAAGUCCACUUUCAAAUAUUACGAAUGUGUACCAAAGUGACCAGGUUGCAUCCAGCUCUAAAGAUAUAACCAUUCCUAAUAGUGAUUGCAAUCGUCAAAACAAACAUUACAAGGAUAAAGAUCCAGCAACUCAAUGCAGUAGCAACAAAACAACAAAGCUCAGUAGCUUGCAUUUCAGCAUCGAAGAACAACGGAAUUUCACAACUGAACUAGCUACGAGUCAAAACUCAUCGCAUCCUCGCGGAGAAAUAACAGCAUUGGAUCGAGGCCAUCAUGAACAGGGAAAUCAUGAUCCGAAUACAGAUUACAAUGUAUUAGAUGCCUUUGAUGAUACUGGAAUAGACUCUGAAUAUGUACAUCAACACCACACAGCCGAUUGGCAAGAUCAAACACAAAUUUAUCCGGAUCUGUCCGUGGAAUCCAUUACAGAAGAAGAUACGUGGGAUGCUGGAGAUCCAGUCCACCGUUGUUUACAUUGCAAUGCAUGCAUGUGGGGAAGAGAGAGGCUGUGUAAAAGUAAAAGGAGUGAAAUUCCUAAAUUUGGACUAUGUUGCAUGAAUGGAAAAGUUGUCUUACCAUUGCUGAAAAGAGUCCCUCAAGUUCUUGAAGAUCUUCAUUGUGGUGACCACGACCAAGGACGACAUUUCAGGAAGAAUAUACGAAAAUAUAAUUCAAUGUUUGCAUUCACGUCAAUGGCUGGAAAAGUCAAUCGUAGUAUAAACAAUGGAAUAGCUCCACCGAAUUUUUCCAUAAGUGGUCAGAACUAUCAUUCAAUUGGCAGCUUGAUCCCUACCAAGAAUGAUAGGCCCAGGUUUGCUCAGUUGUACAUAUAUGACACGGAGAAUGAAAUACAAAGUAGGAUAUCAGCCGUAAGGUCCACUGAAUCAACUAGCAUUCUAGAAUCCCAGAUCGUAAACAGAUUAAAGGAUAUGCUCGAUACGUGUAACCCUCUUGCGAAAAGCUUUCGGUCUGCGAGAGAUAGAUUCAGUAAUGGAAAAACUUCUGAAAUCAAACUAAGGCUAAUAAGGAAGAGAGAAACAGAUGGAAGGGUGUAUAACUUACCUACUGCGUCUGAGGUUGCCAUUCUAAUUGUGGGCGACAUAGAUGACUCAAUUCUUCAAAGGGAUAUAAUUAUUGAGACGACAUCAAACAAGUUACAAAGGAUAGAUGUUCUCCAUCCAUUAUACUUGGCUCUUCAAUAUCCCUUAAUAUUUCCAUAUGGAGAGGAUGGAUUUAGACCUGGAAUCGAGACUUCAAUGCAAUAUGGUCUUGAUAGCACAAAAAAGCGAAAGACCAUUAGUAUGAGAGAGUUCUUCUCAUUUCGCCUCCAAAUGCGAGUGGAAGAGUCCCCCAUUAUAUUACAAUGUCGAAGAUUACUUCAGCAAUUUUUGGUUGAUGCUUACACUAUGAUAGAGUCUGAACGGCUUAGUUUCAUUCGACACAACCAACCAAAAUUAAGAGUUGACAAGUAUAAUGCACUACAUGAGUCGUUAGUCCGAGGAGAAGCUAAUGCCGUUGCAACUGGUCAAAGGAUUAUCCUACCAAGUAGCUUCACAGGUGGUCCGAGGUACAUGUUUAACAACUGCAAAGAUGCUUUUGCAAUAUGCAAGUAUGCGGGGUACCCCAGUUUUUUUAUUACAAUAACAUGCAAUCCUGAGUGGGAUGAGAUCAAACGUCUUUUAAGGGGAACAAGAUUCAAGGCAGAAGACCGUCCAGACAUUUUAGCACGGAUUUUUAGCAUCAAGCUUGGUGAGUUGAUCACAGACUUUAAACAGGGUAGAUUCUUUGGGAAGAUAACCGCAUAUGUUUGCACCGUAGAAUUCCAAAAGAGGGGGCUUCCACAUGCACACAUCCUGUUGUUCAUGCACCCGUUAUACAAGCCUAAGUCACCCGAGGAUAUUGACAAGCUUAUUUCAGCUGAGAUUCCAGAUAAACUUACAAGGCCAAAAUUAUAUGCAGCUGUUGAGAAGUUCAUGGUACAUGGCCCGUGUGGUAGGUAUAACAAUAACAGCCCUUACAUGUCAAAUGGACGGUGCUCAAAGUAUUACCCCAAGCCCUUUAGAGCAAGGACAAUAGUUGAUGAAGCUGGAUUCCCGAAGUACAGAAGGUCAGACAACGGGAUGACAAUCGUGAAGAAGAAUGUAGUGCUUGAUAAUUCAUACGUUGUACCGUACAACCCAUCCCUCUUGCUAAAGUACGGAUGCCACAUCAAUGUCGAGCACACAUGUCAGACGUCUGCAAUAAAGUAUCUGUUCAAGUACGUUCACAAGGGCAAUGAUCGGGUAACUGCUUCUUUCUACCAAACCAAUGCAGAAGGAGAAAUUGAACAAGUGGUUGAUGAGAUACGCAAUUACUACGACUGCCGAUACAUCUCAUCGUGCGAAGCAGCUUGGCGGAUAUUUGGGUAUGAUAUCCAACAAAAAGAACCUUCCGUUAUUCGACUACCAUUCCACUUGCCCAAUGAACACCCUGUUGUGUUCAGAGACUAUGAGAACAUAGUUGAUGUAACUGAAAGGGUUGAUGGGAAGCUAACGAAAUUCCUAGCAUGGAUGCUUGCUAAUAAAUUAUAUCCUUUUGGUCGUACCCUUACUUAUAGCCAAUUUCCAAAUAAAUUCGUUUGGAAGGAUGACGUCGGUAUGUGGAUGCCAAGGAAACAAGGGUAUUCUAUUGGCCGACUAACACAUGUUCCACGUGGGAAUGGUGAGGACUAUUACCUAAGAUUGUUGCUAAACAUACAAAAAGGAUGUCUCAGCUUCGUCGAAUUGCGUACAGUGGAGGGUGUUGUGUAUGGUACAUUCAAGGAAGCAUGUUAUGCCUUAGGAUUGUUGCAGGAUGAUAAAGAAUUUAUUGACGCUAUCUUCGAAGUAGGCACAUGGGCUUCUGCAAAUUACAUUCGUGAUCUAUUUGUGGUGUUGUUGUUGUCCAAUAACAUGGGAAGGCCAGAAAUUGUUUGGGAGCAGUGUUAUAGUGUAUUAUCCGAAGACAUAUUGUUCACUCACCGAAGAAGUUUGCACUGUCUAGAGCUACAUCUUUCAGAUGAAGAAAUCAUGAACAUCACACUUUCAAAGAUUGAGGACAAACUUCAAGCAAAUGGUAGGUCUCUAAAAGAAUUUAAAGGCAUGCCAUAUCCAAUAAUGGGUGUUCUUGACGACAUACAAGACCGCAUUAUAAUGGAUGAAUUGAAUUUUGACCUUCAAGCACUCAAAACUUACUUAACCGAAAACCUAACUAAGAUGAACAGAGAUUAAAAGAUAG